AUGGCUAACUGGCCCGACAUCCCCUGCAAGCCCGCCGAGGGCACUUCCUACUUCACUCCGGCGCAAUCCCCUCCCGCCGGCACUGCUCGCAACCCUCAAUCGAAUGGAAAGCCGAUCCCCAAGCUCUUCAGCCCCCUCACCAUCCGCGGACAAACCUUCCAGAACCGCCUCGGCCUGGCGCCUAUGUGCCAAUACAGCGCCGAGGAUGGCCACAUGACCCCGUGGCAUUUCGCGCACUAUGGCGCCAUUGCGCAGCGCGGACCCGGCAUGAUGAUUAUCGAGGCAACGGGCGUGCUGCCCGAGGGACGCAUCACCCCUGGCUGUGUUGGCCUGUGGAAGGACUCGCACAUUGGUCCGCUCCGGCAGGUGGUUGAAUUCGCACACAGCCAGGGGCAGAAGAUCGGUGUUCAGUUGGCCCACGCUGGUCGAAAGGCUUCGACGCUGGCCCCUUGGCUAGGCGGAGGAGUCGCAACCAACGCGGUUGGCGGAUGGGUCGAGGAUCUCAAAGCGCCGAGUUCCAUUCCCUUUGCCGACGGAGGCAUUGUGCCCAGUGAAAUGAGCGUCCAGGAUAUUCAGGACUUCAAGAAUGCCUGGGUUGCGGCCAUUGACCGCGCCUUGACCGCAGGUGUCGACUUCAUCGAAAUCCACGGUGCCCAUGGAUACCUCAUUUCCUCGUUCAUGAGCCCCUCCGCGAACCACCGCACCGAUCAAUACGGUGGCAGCUUUGAGAACCGCAUUCGCCUCGCCUUGGAGAUCGCGGAACUGACACGUGAGACCGUGGGCCCUAAGAUGCCCGUCUUCUUCCGCGUGUCCGCCACCGACUGGCUGGAGAAGAGCCUCCCCGACGAAAAAGGCUGGAAGAUCGAGGACACCGUGCAGUUGGCUCGCGCGUUGGCAGCCCAAGGCCAUGUGGAUCUGAUCGAUCUCAGCAGCGGUGGCAUCCACAGCGCGCAGAGAAUCACGUACGGCGCCGGGCCCGGAACUGCUUUCCAGGCGCCUUUCUCUGCGGCCGUGAAGGAGGCAGUCGGUGAUCGCUUGUUGGUUGCUGCGGUCGGAAUGAUUAACAAUGGGCAUCUCGCUCAGGAGCUGUUGCAAGACUAUAACUUGGACGUGGUGCUCGUCGGAAGAGCGUUCCAGCGGGAUACCGGCAUGGCGUGGCAUUUCGCCAAAGACCUCGACGUGGAAAUCUCCAUGGCGGCGCAAAUUCGAUGGGGAUUCACUAGUUCGCGCAACUCGUCGGAGUACAUUCUGCCGAACUCGAUGAAGGCGUCUAUUUUUGAGUAG